AUGAAAAGACUCCAAAUUCCGCCGAAGGCGCCAUCGGCUUCUCAGAGGAAUCGUGAUUGCCGGAACAGUUAUGUGGCAUCUCCGAGGCCCAAUCAUACAUACACACGUUCAUCAUCAUACCGGUCAAUGUCAGUUCAAGGUACCACCAGCCAUGGGUUGGCAACACCAAGCUUUAAGUUAAGAAGACAUCAAGCAAAGAAAGAGAUACUGAGGAGAGCAUUGACACCGCCGGUUCGUACACCGAGCUGGCGGUGGUGGAAUUUCCGGCCACUGCCUAGCCGUCUCUCUAACAUGUCCAUGGCAUAG